UCAACUAUUACUUGCACUUUGCCGACGCUGACUGUCAAAAAACGAAAAGGAAAAUCAAGAACUGCUUUGUGUUUGUUGUUGCUGCCAGCAAAAUUCUACUUCAAAAACAUAAACUUCACAUUGUUCACGUUAUUUAAAUACCCACAAGUUGAAUCAUGGAUCGUUUGCUACGUUUAGGAGGCGCUAUGCCACAAGCUGCACCACCAACAGAUGCGCCCGUCGUGGACACCGCGGAGCAGGUGUACAUAUCAUCUCUAGCGCUCUUGAAGAUGCUCAAGCACGGUCGCGCUGGUGUGCCCAUGGAGGUGAUGGGAUUGAUGUUGGGCGAGUUCGUCGAUGAUUACACGGUGCAGGUUAUCGAUGUGUUUGCUAUGCCACAGACAGGCACAGGAGUCAGUGUGGAAGCAGUCGAUCCCGUCUUUCAAGCCAAAAUGUUGGACAUGUUAAAGCAGACUGGUCGACCCGAAAUGGUUGUCGGCUGGUAUCACUCGCAUCCGGGCUUUGGCUGCUGGUUAUCCGGCGUGGAUAUCAAUACGCAGCAAUCCUUCGAAGCCCUAUCCGAACGCGCCGUUGCUGUUGUCGUUGAUCCCAUACAGUCGGUCAAAGGUAAAGUGGUUAUCGAUGCCUUCCGCCUAAUCAAUCCGAAUAUGUUGGUGCUCGGACAGGAGCCCAGGCAAACCACCUCGAAUUUAGGUCAUUUGCAGAAACCAUCGGUGCAGGCACUGAUCCAUGGCCUGAAUCGUCAUUAUUAUUCCAUCAGCAUUAACUAUCGCAAAAAUGAGCUUGAACAGAAAAUGCUCUUGAAUUUGCACAAAAAGUCCUGGAAAGAUGGACUAACACUGGCCGACUACAAUGAACACUGUUCCAUCAAUGAAGAUACAGUCGCUGAAAUGCUUGAUCUAGCCAAGAACUAUAACAAGUCACUCGAGGACGAAGAGAAAAUGACGCCGGAACAGCUGGCGAUUAAGAAUGUGGGCAAACAGGACCCGAAACGGCAUUUGGAGGAGAAAGUUGAUACGGUUAUGCAGAAUAAUAUUGUACAGUGCUUAGGAGCUAUGUUGGACACCAUUGUCUUUAAAUAAAAAAAUUGCAUUUGCUGUU